AUGGCACCAGGUAAACAAGACAACACCGCCUUGCACCAAUGUGAUGAGUGUACGGUGUCAUACACCAGCCGGCGACACCUGGAGCGUCACCGCAAGAUACAUGCCAAGCUGAGAGAACGAGAAAAGGCCAGACAACGCAAUCACAGGUGUGUUCAUUGUCGGCGUAAAUACGCGAGCGACGAGAGGCUCCAAAAACACAUCAACGACUACCACUUCAAGGAGACUGAUGAGCGAAAGGCUUGUGCGCGCUGUCUGCUUUAUAAGAUGCCGUGCAAGGGCGCCCCUCCCUGUAAAUGGUGCAAACUCGAUGGUAAAGCUGCAGAAUGUGUCAUUGCGUUUCCUCGAACUGCUGUACCGGUACCUCCUGCUGCUACAUCUCCACAGCAGCAGGAACAGGUAGAAGAAGAAGGGCCACAAGAUGAUACGUUGAUCCAACAGGGAGCGCUAGGGUCAGCCUCUGGCCAUGUUUCUGCCGGUUGGAGUACACCACGCCCAAAUAGCCCAACGGAUAGCAUCCUAUGCCUUCCCCCUCGGCUACAACUGAAUAGCCUAACAGAUAGCAUUGCAUCUCUUCCUCCCCGGCCACUUCCUCCUAUAGAUAUUAAUAUUAGGGCAGACAGCCUGUCUUCCAGAUCAACCGCUCCUGGGGAAGUUAAUAUCCAAGCAGCUAGCUUUAGCUGGCUGGACUUUAAAGUAGCAUACCUAAGCCCGCAGACGCCUUUUAUCCAAAGGCUUAUUAAUAAUAAUUCCUAUACAUAUACCUCGCGGGACUCUGCUAACGGAAUUCCUCUUAAAGCUUCCCUAGUAGUAGCAUUAGACAGCCUAGGGCUUCUUUAUAAGGAACCAUAUAUUCCCCAGAUAAUAAAGCUAUCCGAGCUUAUCUUUGUGCCUGGAAUUAAGCUGUUAAGGCAACUUAUUAAUAACUACUUUCUUAAGUAG